AUGGUGGAAAACAAUACUGACCGCCUAGCUGGGUUCAUCUCUUUUGGAUGUUUGCUCUUCGUGAUAAGUGCAGUGGCUUUUGUGGCUAAGCUUCACUCGGACAUUGUUUCCAUUACAAGGCAGGCAGAAGAGGAACUACCAAAGUUCAACAACGUCCAUGAGGAACUAUGGAAAGAAGCUCUUAAGUUGGUGGACAAAUAUGGGAGAAAUAUCGAGAAGAGAGACGUAGUAUAUCGGAACCAAGCAAGCCAGAACAUUUAUCCUAACCAGCGUCAUGUGCCAGAUCAUAUAGCAAGGGGGGGAAAACGUCAUAUUACGCCAUCGUCACUACAAUUAUCCAAAGCGUUCCAACGAUCAUAUGUUCCUCAGCAGAUCUAUCAACAAGUUGCACGACAGUUCUAUCAACAACAACCUUAUACUGACAGUAGUGCGGGGCAAUGCAACUGUCCUGGGGGCCCUGCCGGUCCUCCUGGACCUAAUGGAUACAAUGGAGGUACUUUGUUGAGAUAUGAGAAGAUGAGUCAAACGAUUCACCAAAAAAAAAUAAGCAAGAUGAAAACCCUCUAA